GUAAUAAAAGUUCUGUACGCUAUAGCGGUAGUGUGAAUAAUUUAUAAAUUUAAAUUAAUUUAAUAUCGGCCAAUUACUAUCAAAAUUGAAAAAAAUAAACAAAUAAAAAAUUUUUUGGACACUGGACUCUAAAGUUUCUACAAGCUGUAAGCCGAUAUAAUUAUUUUAAGACUCCUGAAAUACUGAACGAUAUGCAAGCAAGAAAAAACUGGACUCAAUAUACUCAUCACGAAUUGGACGCGGCAUUUGGUUUAAUAAUGUUAAGUCAGGCACCGGUAGUGUUUGCAAAUAAUCCUUCACAAUUAGAGUCGAGUCAAGAAACCAGAAGCGAUGAUGAAGCACCAUCAACAAGUAAACAAUACAAGAGACGUAACAAAACGAAAAAUGCUGGACAAAAAUUAUUUGAAUUUAUAAAACCAGGCGUAAGACCGCCCUCCAAGAAAGCCCAAAAACUCAUAAAAAACCAAGAUGAAACACAACAACCAAACACUGAUCCAAUAGAAGUUAAAGAAUAUAACGCACCUAACCAAACAAAAAAAAAUGGAAAAGAAUCAUUUGUGAUUAUAAAACCGACUGCGGAACAGGUCAGAAACCAUGGUAGCAAACCUGUAGUUUUAAAAAUAAGAAAUUCUUUAUGAUUAAAUUAUUUUUAUAUAAUAUACAUA